UGCUCCUGUGUGGUUGUUAGGAGGAGGAAUGUGGAAGUGAGCGGCGCUGUGCAGAGGGUGACAGGCUGAACAUCUCCCCGGACUGUCAGUGCACAUUGUACUCAGAGAGGAGCCGAGCUGUAGGCGCUGCACGCUCCCCGCAGCCCCAGUGAGUGGCGGUGUGAAGGAAGGGACCUGGAUGAGGUGUGGGGGGGAUUGUCAAGAUGGCAGCAGCGGGAGCACGGAGGUUAUGCGCUUAGUGGAUGACAACACAGCCGAUGUGGAGGAGGCCGGGCUCCCUGAUGGGGGGUGUUCGCAGCACGUGAAGUGAACUUAUCGUUGAGUGUGAUCGUUGAGGAAUUGGAUGUGUAGAGAUCGCGGGACAAAGAGUCUCGUCCGUCCUCCAUCCUCCAUCGGGACCAUGGAGGAGCCAGUCUAGAGCCCCGCACCCACUUUGGAUGUACGCUCCCUGACAGCUCCCAUCAUCGCAGCAUGGCCGAAGCUUUACCCCCUGACUCCCCCUCCAGGAACGUGGAGAUCGACCCGGACUUUGAGCCCCAGAGCCGGCCCCGAUCGUGCACAUGGCCCCUGCAGAGACCCGACUCCCAAGGCAGCCCGAGCAAGCCCGGUAUGGCCGGGGACACGUCCAUCCCGGAGGAGGACGACGAUGAGGAGGAAGUGGCGCUUGCAGCGGCCGGUGACAGGGGCACUCUGCUGCUGGUGAGCGGCCCCGGAGGAGGGGAGGUGGGGGCCAUGACCGUCCUGGCCGCUCCGGUCGGUGGGUUGGAUGCGGCGCAGAGUGCACUGGGCUCAGUGAGUGGAGGGCAGCAGAGGAAGUGCUCAUCCCGGAGGAAUGCCUGGGGGAAUAUGUCCUAUGCCGAUCUCAUCACUAGAGCCAUAGACAGCUCCCCGGAUAAGAGGCUCACCCUCUCCCAGAUCUAUGACUGGAUGGUCCGAUCCGUGCCCUACUUCAAGGACAAGGGCGACAGUAACAGCUCUGCCGGCUGGAAGAAUUCAAUACGACAUAAUUUGUCUCUGCACAGCAGAUUUAUUCGAGUACAAAACGAGGGCACAGGAAAAAGCUCUUGGUGGAUGAUCAAUCCAGAAGGAGGGAAAGGUGGGAAGGCACCUAGGAGGCGUGCGGUGUCAAUGGACAACAGCAACAAAUACACUAAGAGCCGGGGAAGAGCGGCAAAGAAAAAAGCAUCAAUGCAGGUGUCCCAGGAUGCUGCAGACGAUAGCCCAUCACAGCUGAAAUGGCCAGGAAGCCCAACAUCGCGUAGCAGUGAUGAGUUGGAUACUUGGACAGAUUUCCGUUCCCGUACAAACUCCAACGCCAGCACAAUAAGUGGUCGUUUGUCUCCAAUUCCAGCAACGACUGAGCUUGAUGACGUUCAGGAUGACGAUUCCCCUAUUUCUCCUAUGUUGUAUAGCCCUGGCAGCCUGUCUCCAUCCAUAACAAAACCACCCACGGUGGAGUUGCCAAGGAUAACGGAUAUGACUGGAACCAUGAAUUUAAACGAUGGUCUAACAGAGAAUCUUAUCGAUGAUUUGCUGGAUGACAUUUCCCUCACUCCAUCACAGCAGUCAUCUCCUAGUGUUGGCAUGCAGAGAAGUUCCAGCUUUACUUAUGGCACUAAGGGCUCAAGCAUUGGCUCUCCAUCCAGUAGCUUCAACAACACUAGUAGCUUCAAUUUUCCAUUGACGGCUCUUCGUCAGUCUCCAAUGCAAACCAUUCAAGAGAACAAACAAGCAACAUUUUCUUCCAUGAACCUUUAUAGCAACCAGUCUAUUCAGGACCUGCUGACCACUGAUUCACUUAGCCAUAGUGACAUAUUAAUGACUAAAUCUGACCCCCUCAUGUCCCAAGCCAGUACUGCAGUCACUGCUCAGAAUUCUCGUCGAAUUAUUCUGAGGAGUGACCCCAUGAUGUCGUUUGCAGCCCAGCCCAAUCAAGGGGGAAGCCUGGUUAAUCAGAACUUGCUCCACCACCAGCACCAGUCCCAUAACUCAUUUCUUGGUGGCAGUCGUGCCUUGUCAAACAGCAUAAAUAAUAUUGGGUUAAAUGACAGCAACAAUUUAGACUCGUCCAAACACCAGCAGCAGUCCUCGGUCACUCAUUCUAUGCAAGCCCUCUCAGACACACUCUCAGGACCCUUGUACUCCACAGGCAUGAACCUUCCGGUGCAUGAAAAGUUCCCAACUGAUUUGGACCUGGAAAUUUUCAGUGGGAGCUUGGAAUGUGACAUGGAGACCAUCAUUCGCAAUGAAUUAAUGGAUGCAGAUGGGCUGGAUUUUAACUUUGAUUCCCUCAUCUCUGCUCAGAAUGUCAGUCUAGCAGUGGGAAAUUUCACAGGUGCUAAGCAGACGUCGUCACAGAGUUGGGUACCAGGUUGAAGAAGCAAUGGAAGCGUAAGCUUACCAGGUCCAGGAACUGACAAAAGACCCUAAAAAUGAAACCCUUUGCCAAAACUACUGUCAGCAAGUGGACAGUGAUACUGUUUACAGUUUAAGACCUUUUCAUGAAACCUGCGUCAAUUUUCCUUACAUAACGAAGACUGUUAGCAGAAAUCCUUUAACCCCUGCAAAGGUCCUUCUAAGAUCUUUUCUCCCCCUCAUGCUUAAGUAUGCAAAACCUUCUGCAUGGAAUGGGAACGUAGACGGAAGAGUACAAUACAUUUCUUGUGAACACUGUGUAGUUAUGCAGCGGCGUGCGUGUCAACCGUUUUCAUAGCUGGUGCAGUUUGCCUUGCAUCGCACCCCUCACCAGCUGUGAACAAGCAAACCAUCUCCAUGCUGUUUAUUUCUUUCUUUGGUGUUGAAUUACAUUUUUUUUUUGUCUUUUUUGCAAAUCUUAAUUGUAAAACUCUCAUUGAGUGUCCCAUUUCUUCAUUUUAGUUGCAGAAAUCCUCUGCUAGACAUUCAUCUAAGCUAACAGUCAACCUUAUACAAAUUUCUACUGCCGCCUCUUUUACGUGGAGAAACUGUGUCACGAUCACUUUAAUUUCCGUUAUAACUUACUUUUUUCAUUUUUGAAGAUGAGGAAAUUCAGGGAUAAAUUUGUUGCUGACAUGGUACUACUUCCUGUCACCCAAAUCAGUUGUAUACUGCUGUAUUUUACUAAUGUAUCCUGAACAGUGGAGUUUAUACCAUUUUUGUUUUUAAAGCUGUAUUUUCAUGCCUUGUUGUUUUUUGUUUUUAGGUUUUUAUUUUAUUUGUUUUUCCCCCUCCGGGCUUAUUGUCAUGUAGAGAGUUUAAGCAUAGAAAAUCCAACAGACAUAGCAGUGUUUUGGCAGCGCUGUGUAUGCACGGAAACAACCAGAAUUACUGUACAUGGGAUGUUUGUACUGCACAUUGCACUAUAUGGGUCUUCCAUUACUUCACUUGCCCUGCACAUGGAAACCCUGGACAGCAGUGUGACACAACUGUCUAAUAUUGUACUAUGCUGUCCUCUACUUGCAGAACCUGACAUUGAGUAUAGGAGAUGGGGGGGAUGUUUCAUGUGACACUAUUAUCUACACGAGAUAAAAAAGAAGGGCCCUUCCAUUAUAUUCUUUGGCAUGUCUGAUAUUCUAAUUCUAAACUGGUUUCUUUUGUCUUUUAUGUAUAUUAUUUUGGGAAGGGGGGAUUAUAGUGUGAACAAACCUCAAUGGUACAAUAUUGCAGCUUGAUGUAUAAAAUACAGAAGGUGUUGAUUUGCAAAUAUAUACAUUCUGUAUUUUUGAUUGAUAUAUGAAACUUUCCUUAACAUGGCAUUAUUGAAUAUAAAUAUAUAAAUAUAUUUUGUUAUGUACAGAGAUGAACCCGUAUGCAUGGGAAUUAGGAAACCGAAGCAAAGUAGCAUCAUAUUAUUAUUAUUAUUUUUUUCUAAAAGGUUUGUCGCAUGCUUUCCUAUGGCACGGCCAAUUCUACAUUGGAAACAUGAGCUUCUCCCCUCGUUUGCCGCCGCCACCACCACUACUGAUAAAGCCAUUUGUGUAAUUCCUAACAGCCCUAGACUUCCCUGCAUUUCAUUGGUGGGGUUAGAGCUGUAUGAUGGGUGUCCCAGAAACUUUGUACUGUAGCCAUUAUGUGUUUUUUUUUUUUUUUUUUUUUUCAACACGGCUAUUUGUCAGCCUGUACCGCAAUGCAUGUGGUUUUCAUUUUGCCCAAUAUACCUAUUGUAGUAAAGUAAAAUGUAGCAAUUACUUUAUUGGCACACCUCAGUACAGUCAUAGGUGGUUUAGUUGAUCCUACAAAUGAUCCUUUAAGCAAGAAGCCCUGGAAGCAGGCUUCAGGGACACAAGAAGGCAAUUGGCCAUUUACACCCAUGGUGUUUGUAGCAGUGGCUAUGUCUCUGUUUACAAAGCAGUCUCCUGUUAGAAUGCAUAGAGGUGCACCAACACAUUACGAACUGUGAAUUGAGUGAAGGACGCCACGUAGUGUCCCUACUGUAAUACUGAACAAAGUGAAAUCUCCUCGGCAUUUUGUGAUCUACACUCGCCAUCUUCUUAUUCUUCAGAUAUAUCCUUUAUUUUGUUUUUUUCAUUCAAACUUUAGCUAAAAUAUUUUUAUGGUUAACGCUGUCAAAUUAAUACCGAUUUUAGUUCGAUAAAAUUAGUUGUAUGGAAUACCUGAGGCCAACUAAAAAAAAUAAUCCUGAAAUCAUGUCGCAAAGAGCUCUGAAAUCAGCUUUGAUUAGCAAGAAAUGAAAUCCUUAGGUUUUUAAUCAUUGUUUCAUAUAUCCACGCUGGCCCCCCACAGUUGCUGUACAUGCACCUCUUUGUAGAAAAUGUGUGUUAACGUAAAUAUUAAUACUUAUAUUCCAUGCGAUACAACAACUCCUGGCAUUCAAUAUUGUGGCUCUGCUUUGUGGAUGGUAUAUACCGGUAGGCAUUUUUGUGGGCUGGAUUUUUUUUUUAUUUUUUUUUAUUUUUUAGGCUAUGAAAGAAACACCUUGGCGCUAUUAGGUAAGCUCAAUCAUUCAAAUGAUCUGGGUAAUUCAGGGUAUGUACUAUGUACACACAUGUACACCUAGAAACGUAUCCUUUUGGUGCAUUUGAUGUGAUGAUGUGUAUCAGUACAAAAAAAAAAA